AUGGUUCGCAUUUCUGGAAAGAUUACAAGCUGUGGAAAGCUGGCUUUGUGGCAAAGGGCUUGCAGUCUCCUAGUCGGCGCAACCGCGUCACUUCCCCGAAGACGAAGCGUGGCCAAGUCCAAUGCCACCAUCACCGCAAUGGAGCAGGGCCGAGAAUGGCAGCUGGGACUGGUUCUUUUUCAUUCCAUAGCAAAGAACCAGAUAAAUCCUGACGUCAUCAGCUUCACAGCCGCUCUGAAUUGCUGUGGAAGGGGUCGGCAAUGGCACCUAGCGUUGGAGUUCUAUGAGGCUAUGCUACGAGAAAGAGUGAAGCCAAAUUCUUAUGUUUUUAAUACCAUGAUCAGCAUGUUCGAGAAGGUCAGAAAGUGGCAACAUGCUUUGGCCUUUUUCACCGAGAUGGCUUCCAGACAAGUUCAGCCAGAUGUGUUCAGCUUUAACUCCAGCAUCAGUGCCUUUGAGAAGGCUGCCCAGUGGUGGUUAGCACUAAGCUGGUUUGAUACAAUGUCACCACACGAGGUGCAGCCAAAUGUUGUAACUUACAAUGCCAGCAUUAGUGCCUUGGAGAAAGGUUCUCAAUGGCAGCGUGGAAUCCAACUGUUCAAAGCCAUGCAGAUGUGUCAUGUAUCGCCAGAUAUUGUGAGCUACUGCGCAGCCAUCACAUCUUUUGGAAAGGGUGGAGAGUGGCAGCAGGUACUGCUGCUGCAUGAUGAGAUGUCAAAAAGAAGGGUUGUGCCCAAUAUGCUCAGUUUCAAUGCAACAAUCAGCGCAGUCGAUAAGGGUGGACAAUGGCAGCUGGGAUUGUGUUUCUUCAAUUCUAUAGCGCAGAACAAGCUACAGCGUGACGUAAUCAGCUUCACAGCAGCUCUGACUUGCUGUGGAAGGGGUCAGCAAUGGCAACUUGCAUUACAUUUCUUUGGGGCUAUGCCGCGAGCAAGAGUGGAACCCAAUGCUUACACAUUCAAUGUGAUCAUCAGCAUGUUUGAGAAGGUCGGAGCAUGGCAUCAUUCUUUGUCCUUCUUCACAGGAAUGGCAUCAAGACAAAUUCAGCCAGAUGUUUUCAGCUUUAACUCAAGCAUCAGCUCCUUUGAGAAGGCUGCCCAGUGGUCCUUGGCGUUAAGCUGGUUUGAUGCAAUGUCAGAGAAGGUGCAGCCCGAUGUGUAUAGUUUUAAUUCCACCAUCAGUGCCUGCGAAAAGGGCUCACAAUGGCAGCAGGGCAUCAGUUUGUUCGAAGCAAUGACCAAGCACAAGGUGGGCGGCUUCGCGCUUUCACAGGAUCUAUACAACCCAGACCAUCCGUGCAUCUACUGA